GUCAUGACGCUGUGAUACAAAAAAGCUAAGAUGGCUCUUCUAUCAGCAGCUAAAGGCAAGCUGAUUUCCGUUAUUGGAGAUGAGGACACUUGUGUCGGAUUUCUGCUUGGAGGAGUUGGAGAGAUUAACAAGAAUCGUCACCCAAACUUCAUGGUUGUUGACAAAAAUACGGCCGUUAGUGAAAUUGAGGACUGUUUCAAGCGAUUCAUUAAGCGCGACGAUAUUGAUAUCAUCCUUAUCAAUCAGAAUUACGCCGAGUUGAUUCGUCACGUGAUCGAUGCACACACUGCUCCUACACCAGCAGUUUUGGAGAUUCCUUCCAAGGAUCAUCCUUAUGAUGCUAGCAAAGAUUCUAUUCUGCGCCGUGCCAAGGGAAUGUUCAACCCAGAGGAUAUGAUAGCGAAUCGUGGUUAAGAAGUUUGCGUAUUAAUUGUUGCCCGUGUCGUGAUCCCUUAUAUGCAAUUUCUCGCAGAAGUAAUGUAAAAUUAUUGGCGCUUCAAACUACCCGUUGAACAUUGGCGUGUGUGUAAUUUAUCGCAUGGUUACAUCGUUUGCAUUCCAAGGAUAAUAGAAUAGUUCUCCUGAAUUCAAGUUAUUUUAUUUACAGCAAAGAAAAUUGCGCCACACAAAUUCUUGAUUUUAUAAUAAGUGGUAAAAGUACGAAUAUUUCGCAUAUUUUUGUUUGUAAUUUACUCUUUCCAAUCAAUUUUGUAGUUCAUAUAUAACGCUAUUUAUUAUUUUAU